CAUACAUAAACAUGCUAUUUUACUGACUCACAUACUCAACCAGAAUAUAAUUCUUGAGCUGGUGGUUUGUCCCAACUCCGCAAUCCCCAACCAAACCCAACCCCCCCCCCCCCUCAAUGGCUAAUAAUGUAUGUUGUGGAGCUGAAGGUAGGGCUCCACUGCGAAGAGUGCAUCAAGAAAAUCUUGAAGGCCAUCAAGAAAAUCGAAGACAUAGAGACAUACGACGUGGACACGCAAUCGAACAAGGUGACCGUGACGGGAAACAUCACCACAGAAGAGGUUAUCAAAGCCCUCCACAAGAUUGGAAAACAAGCUACCACUUAAUUCAUUCAUUUGGGACGACUAUGCAAUGGAUCUACACUUUCCAACUAAACCUCGUCAGUAUUAUAUAUAAGUAUAAGCUUAAUUAUUUACAGAUUCAACUCCAUCUUCUCUACAAAUUGAGAGGGGAUUACCCAUCGAUGCCUAUAUCUAUUUACCCAAUAGAAUUAGAUGAGAAUUAAAUUAAUCUAUAUGUACAACUAGUAUAUCUUCUUCUUCUUUGCAGUUAACUUAGCAUCAUACUUACCCUGUAUAUGAAUCUUGUGUUAGGGUGUGUUUGUUCGGGGAUUUUGAUUUUGGAUUUGAAUUUUUGAGGAUUUUGAAGCAUAAAUUUUUAAGAUAUGUUUGUUUAGAAGUUUGAAUUUUGUAAUGAUUAUAUUGAAAAAUAUUAUUAUUUUAUCCA